CGGACAAAGACCGCAUUCAACUCGGAAUCACGCUGGUGAAAUCAAUGCUAAAAUAUCACUCGACGCUGUGGUGGCCUCAGGGGUUGACACUCAACCAAGUAUACGUCUUCUGCGACAAAACGGAUGACUUGUCCUCAUCUCUUGAUACAGUACACCUUUCUAUAGAGUUCAAAGCGAUCCCGUCCGCCGCAGAAGAUACCAGAUUAGAUCUUACACUCCAGGGUGAGCAGAACUGCAUGCCCAAGUUUUUACCCUCAGAGUCAGUUCAAGAGGCCAUGGAGAACUAUGGUAUAAGAAAUAUAACGCUAUACGCUCUAGGGGUGGCUCUUCUCCAAAUUGGGCUCUGGGAACGCGUCGCAUGGGAAGAUCAUGUGCAGGUUCGCAGGAAGGUAGCGAGGCUUUCCUAUCUUGGGAAGAGGUUUAGGAACGCGGCCAAGAGACUGAUUGACUGCGACUUUGGCUUAGCUACUGAACAGUUGGAGGACCCAGAACUUCAGGACGCCAUCUUCAGCUGUGUUGUGGGCGACCUAGAAUCGUUAUAUCGUGACUUGACUAGCUCAAGGUUAGGAUGAUUAAUAUGUAUGUAGCAACGAGGGUGUCCGGUUCUUAUGGAUUAUUAUGUACAUAUCUCACAUAUACUAUUUGUUUAACCUCA